AUGGACGUUCCGCGUGCCACAUCUCUACACGAUGUUUAUACCGAUGAUGCAAUACCAUAUCAGCAGAAGAGAUGGGGGAACCUACUAUCCAAAUUCAAAGAGUUGUACGGUCGACGUGCUGAUUUUGUGUCGAGAAGUCCAGGGCGCGUCAAUGUUAUCGGCGAGCAUAUCGACUACUCCCUCUACGAAGUCCUGCCGAUGGCCAUCACUAGCGAUAUGCUCCUCGCCGUAGCUGUGCGGCCUGCAUCCGACUCCAAGCCCACCGUACGCAUUGCGAACAUGAACUCCAAGUUCCCUGCACGCGAAUUUGAGAUACCAACAGAAGGAGACAUUCCGAUUGACGCCACCGAGAAUGAGUGGAGCAAUUACUUCAAAGCAGGCCUGCGUGGAACUUCGAAGCUUCUCAUCAAGAGAAGAGGAAAGUUCGUCAGUGUUGGCAUGGAUGUUCUGGCAGACGGCUCUGUACCAAGUGGAGGAGGUCUUUCCAGCAGUGCAGCUUUCACUUGUGCAAGUGCUCUGGCCGUUAUGACUGCAAAUGGUGAGGAAAGAGUUGACAAGACUGAGCUCACAGAAUUAGCCAUCGUGUCGGAGAGAGCAGCAGGUGUCAACUCCGGAGGCAUGGACCAGGCCGCCUCGGUGUUCUCACUGCGUGACAAAGCCUUAUAUGUAUCUUUCAAGCCAAAUCUGACGGCAAAGUCCUUGUCCUUCCCAGAGACUGAUCCUCCCUUCAGCGUCGUCAUAGCCCAGAGCUUCGUUGCUGCAGACAAACAAGUUACUGGACCGGUUUGCUACAACCUACGCGUAGUGGAAUGUACACUGGCUGCCAUGUUCCUGUCCAAAGCAUUUGCUCUGAAACGAGACCUUCCACAGGAUGCUUCGCCACUUGGCGUGAGUCUUCGGGGUUUCCAUGACACCUUUUUCGAGGAAAAGGAAGCAGUCCCAGACAACGGCAAGGUCUCGGUACAGGACUUCAAGGCACAGUUGGAGAAGCUCAUAACAUUAACGGAGGAUUACUUAACAGAAGAAGAUGGCUAUACGCGCGAACAGAUCUGUGCUCUGCUUGGUACUAGCGAGGAAGAGUUGACCAAGAGGUAUAUGUCUAAGUUUCCGGUACGCGCAGAAAAAUUCAAGCUGAGGCAACGGGCCCUACAUGCGUUCACAGAGGCACUACGAGUUAUCAACUUCCACGAUCUCCUUGUUUCGGGUGGCGAUGACAAGAGUUCAGUUCUCAAAGACCUAGGAGACCUCCUCAAUCAGUCUCACGAGUCCUCGAAGAAUGUCUACGAGUCGAGUUGUCCGGAGCUCGAUCAACUGUGCGACCUUGCACGAAGCGCAGGCUCCGUGGGUAGCAGGGUUACAGGAGCUGGCUGGGGUGGCUGCUGCGUACAUCUCGUUCCAACCAGCAAAGUGGAAGCCGUCAAAGAGGCAUGGAUCUCAAAGUACUAUCGCAAAAGAUGGCCUGAUAUCACCGAUGAGACACUGGCCGAUGCUAUUGUCGUCACGAGACCUGGUGGAGGCAGUACGGUCUACAAAGUCACGAGUGAUGAAGUCUGA